AUGGUAAUAGUAACAUGUGGGAUAUGUGUUGUGAACGAUGGUGAUGUUACGGUCGAGGGUAACUGCGCUGGGGGUAUAUUUAAUGGAGCAGGACAUUGCGACGUACAGCUUGGUUGCCCGUUGGGACUCGAGGAGCUAGUGCAGUGCACAGUGCACAGGCAUGGCACUCACUGCAGAACCAAUUCUAGGGACGUGGCGCUACCACUGAAGGUACAUCCGUACUUGUCUGCACCUCGACGCUUGUCAAGGUGCGAAAAGUUAUGGCAAAAUCUAAUUUCUGCAGAACUGAAAUCGAAGGAUGAGUGCCCCCCAUAUUUUGAUUGGAAUUUGGCGAAAACCCUCUCGUUCUUGGUUAAGGAUCCGGUCGGGCCCAUGCAAAUUGAACGAAUCGUGGUACAUUUGAAGGAUUUUUCUGUGCUUUCUAACACUGGCUUUAAAAUUGACGCUUUGGACGACGUUUGCAUAAUACUCGAUUUUCUAUACGAGUCUUUAAAUGGGCCACCAGAAUUUCGAGAGGGAAUUAUUUCUAUUCUCGAGAAUUGUGCCAAACCAAUUUUGCUCAACGUUAAUUCUGAUAUUGUUACAUACUUUGAUAGUUUGAGAAAUAUUAUUGGGUACCUGGGGUACCUCUUAAUGCGCUCGGAGGACGAUGACAUCUUUGACAUGGUGUCUAAGGCGCUGGUUUGGCAAAUGUCAGCUCCUAACUCAAAGCGAGGGAUAGGUACUGCCAGGUUGCAGCAAAUUCUUGCUGCCUCAGCUAAAGUUUUAUACCAGACAUCGGUCAGAAUGUUGGCAAUAGCUACACCACACAGAUUCCCAGCGUAUCUCGACAUUGUGUUUUUAUUGGCUUGUGAUUCGGUCGACAAUUGUCUCGAUUUAAUGGAGGAAAAUAUUUUUGAGAAUAUAUUUUACCGUUUCAAUCCUUAUUUUCCUGAAAAACCUUUGCCAUUAUUUGAAAUCAACCCAGAUCUUGACAGUAUCUAUCUGAAAUUAGGUGCAAGUACUGUUCACAUGUCGACAACUUUGUCACUCCUUUUGGUGCUUUUACAAACUAUGAAGAAUUAUGUCGCUGAUCAUCCUGAUUACGCCAAACGCCUUCCCUGUCCGGACGACUACGCACAGAGAUGCUUCAUCUGGGCUUAUCGCUACGAAUGCCGAGCUCGAGGGCAUCGCCAUGAGCGGAUCACUAUGACGGUUAUCAGUAAUGUCCUACUGCACAUCUUCGGUGAAAGAUUGGCUACAUUUUGCAACACACUUAUGCAAGACGUAUUGACUCUCUCCGUUGUAACCGAGCUCCCUCCCCUUAACGAUUGGACAAGGACAGUCAACUUCAACCCUUCUCAACAAGACGUUCAGUUCAAAAAAAUGCUCAUCUACUUGUCAGUGGACUUCUUUAAAACUUGCCCUCAGAAUACUUGGAUGGCUGAGCAUCUACAUUGGGUCACCGGGCUAAUGUACUUAAUAGAUCCGGGGCUCUGUAGCCUAAGAACUAAUUGGACGGCAGUACUAUUUAGUGAGCUUCGGAAAGUUGUCCUACAGGCUUUUACAAUCGUAUUACCAAAAAUAAACAAAUCCAUUUCUUCCCAACACAAUAUCAUUAGAAGAAUAAUGUGGUAUAUAGAAUGGUACUCAGAAAGCCCUUUCGAGUUGGCAUUAUUGUAUUGGUGCGUAAGAGUACUCCAGACUUGCAUGAGCACCAGGGGAACCAAGGCCCGAGAAGACGCGAUUGAGGUCAUGUUCAAUUCCCACGGCUUGAUCAUAUUAUUACAACUCGUGUACAAAUUGUUGGAGCAAAAAACGCCACCGUUAGAAAAAGUUCAAGUGAUAAUCGCGGUAAUACUCCGUAUACUGACAAGCACUACGAUCAGACAAAAGACUGUGUCAUGCUGCGUUUACCCGCAGCUCAAGUGGCCGUUGUCGAUAAACAAACUUGGCAAUAAAAUGCUGCGCAUUGUGCUGCGUUCGUUAGAAAAACAUUGCAUCGUCAGCAACAGAUGGAUGAUAUCCUUACUAACAUUCAUUUGGCACGCUGUUGUAUGGAAAGAUGAAUACAGAAAUAUGUUUAUAGCAAACAAAGGCGUCUAUCAACUACUAGAUCUAGUCACGUUAACCUGUUACCCUGUGCAAUGCGUGGCCUUGGGCCUUCUGGUAGACAUUGCCUACGCAGGUGAAGCUGUCAGCCAACUGGUCACCUGGAGAGCAGGAAUGCAAGCCGUAAGUUCAAUAAUAUGGUAA